AUGCCCGGGCCCCUUAUUGAGGCCAACUGGGGGGACACAGUCAGAGUCACUGUGAUCAACCAAAUGCAGGACAACGGUACAACCAUUCAUUUCCACGGUAUCCGGCAGAACCACACGAACCAGUAUGACGGCGUACCAUCUAUCACUCAAUGCCCCAUACCGCCAGGCGAGCAGAUGACUUACGUAUUUACUGCUACAUCUUACGGCUCUUCAUGGUACCACUCUCACUUUGCUCUCCAAACAUGGGAAGGAGUUUACGGUCCUAUAAACAUCUAUGGGCCCAGCAGUGCCGAGUAUGACGUUGACGCAGGGCACAUCUUCCUACAGGACUGGAGCCAUGAGACUGUGGACACGCUCUAUGCCCGCUCUCAAAGCCCCGUUACUGAGGAGGGCGCUAGAGCACCUGCCAUGGACAACGGCCUGAUCAACGGGAUGAACACAUGGGGUCCAGAUGGCUCAUUUAACCAGACCGGGAAACGUUUCGAGAUGAAUGUGGUCAAGGGCAAAUCGUAUUUGUUGCGACUCGUUAGUGUGGGUAUUCAGUCAAGUUUCAAGUUCUACAUUGACGGGCACAAAUUAAAAGUCAUCUCCACCGACUUUACGCCCAUAGUGCCCUAUGAAACAGAUAUACUCGAUAUCAACAUCGGGCAACGGUACGAAGUUAUUGUGUCCGCGGAUCAAGCAGUGGGCGACUACUGGAUGCGCUCGGACAACCAAGAUCCCUGCGGUAACGUCAGACAAGGCCACGAUAUAAGAGCAAUCGUUCAUUACAACGGCGGUCCAGGGGCCAUGCCAACGUCAACGGCGUACAACUAUACGCCUGCUUGCGUGGACGAGGAUCCGGCGCUCCAUACGCCUGUGCUGGCUCUCGACGCUGCCGAUGCUGACGCCGCCUUCAACGCCGACGUCUCCGUCACGACCGACGCCAACAAUGUCUACAAAUGGUUCAUUGACGGAACAACGUUCGUCGCCCACUGGGGUGAUCCGACGCUGCGCGGCAUCGUGGAAAAGGGCGUCGUGAACAACUACAGCGGCAAGCUGCUACUGACGGCGCCCACGCGCAACGAGUGGAUCUACGUCAUCAUGCAGAGCACCAUAGACUUCCCACACCCCGUACAUUUGCAUGGACACGACUUUGGAAUAGUUGGGAUUGGGAACGGGACGUAUACGGGUGACACGGCAUUGAGGCUGCAGAACCCUGCGCGGCGGGACACGGUGAUGAUGCCGGGCGGGGGCUAUGUGGUCUUGGCGUGGCGGGCGGACAACCCGGGGGUGUGGAACAUGCACUGUCACGUGGGCUUCCACCAGGCGAUGGGGUUUGCGGCGCAGAUUGUGGAGCUGGAAGCGGAGAUUGCGGAGACGUUUGACGACGAUGGCAGCGGGUUGGGCGAGCUGUGCGGGGCGUGGAACGAGUGGGCGGAGGGCCGGGGCUUGGAGCCGCAGUCGGGCGUUUGA